AAGAAGCAAAACCGUGAAUCCUUCGACAACUCACCCGUCUGCAUUUCGAAAUCAGCGAUAAUGGCCUCUCUACGAGCCUUCACCCGCCGCACCCCGCUGCUCGCGAACAGCUAUAUCCAGCACGCAGGCUUCGCGGUGAGCGCGCGGGUUGGCGCUGGGAAGGAGAGCGCGCUUGGUCAUGAGGGCCGCGCGGACGAGAUCGACGAGCACAAGGCCGAUGCGCUGAAGAAGCAGAAGGAGGGGAAGGGCGAGUGGAAGGAUGCGCUGGCGACUGAUUCGGAGAGUAUUAUCAAGGCGGAUCGGGGCGAGCUCGAGGCGUCGGAGCAGACGAUUAAGAAGUUGCAGGAGGAGACGAAGAAGGUGGAGGGGAAGAAGUGAGGGUCGGAUGGAGCUUGGCUUCGGGGAAAUUGUGGGAUGGUGAGUGAGAGCGAUGAGUGAGGAGCAUACUGGGAGGUUGCUUGAUGCGUGAUACUCCGAUGCUGAAGUGGGAGUGGCUGUUAGAUGAGCUGGGUGGAUGGUACGGAGGUCCCUAUGCUUCUUCUUAAGCAAAUGCAUGAAUUGAUUCUAUCUGCAUUAUCUCUCUUUCUCUCUCUUCCGUAACCGGUUCCAGCCGUUGUCCAUCCUUAUUCGCUAUCUUCCAUAGGCCAUUCCCAUUCCUCACUGCUCACCUCAUCCUCACGUGCAAUCACAUGCCAUCUUGGCAGCCAUCUUCUAAGUAUAUAA